AUACAUGAUCAGUAAGUACUUUAAAACCCCAAAGGUCUGUAUAGUUAAGCCCUCAGUUUAUGACAACAAAGUAAUCAUGGCUGAGAGGAAGAAGGCGAAGAAGAAGGCUCAGGACAUCCCCGUGCCAGUGGAGGAGAAGCCCACCAAGCAGGAGUAUGCCAUAGCCACGUAUCUCAAGAAAAACUGCCCCACCAAGAAGACAAAGUUUCUGAAUCACCAGGUCCAGUAUUUUUAUGCCAACAAAGCAGUUGAUACUCUCCUGGAUUCCCAAUGGGCCACGGGCAAAGACAUCGUCUUCACUGAUCGUCAGUCUGCUGUAGACUACUGCAACAAGCUGCUGAAGUUGAAGUUCUUCCAUCGAGCCAAAAAGAUCCCCAUAACAGACAAGGACCUCAGACCCAAAGACCUGAAGAAGAAAAAAGAAAAGGAGAAGGAAGAGAAAAAGAAGAAAGAAUUAGAAAAGAAAAAGGAAAAGGAGGAAAAAAAAGAGAAAGAAGAGAAGAAAAAUGUAGAGGAAGAGAAAAUUGAGAAUGAGGAGGAGGGAGAAGAGGAAGUCAAACCAGAAGCUGGAACCACAGAUAAGGAAGAUAAGGAGGGCAAAGACAAGGAUGAAGAUAAGGAGAAGAAAAAGAAAAAGAAAUCCAAAAUUAAGUUAGACAUGCAUUUGGAGCAGGUGUUUGUUGAUGGAGCUGACGCAUACGUGUGGAUGUACGACCCAAUUCCCUUCUGGUACUACAUUGUGGGAGCCUUGUGUCUCUUCGGGGCCAUCGCCAUAUGUCUCUUCCCCCUGUGGCCACCGUCUGUCAGAAAAGGAGUCUACUACUUAAGUAUAGCAGCAGCCGGAUUUUUGGGCCUGAUCUUGGGCCUGGCAGUCGUGCGGUUCAUUGUGUUUAUCAUCAUCUGGAUGCUGACGCUGGGCAUCCACCACCUCUGGCUGCUGCCCAACCUGACAGAGGACGUGGGAUUCUUUGCUUCCUUCUGGCCGCUGUAUCAAUAUGAAUACCGAGGUAGAGGCUAUGAUAAGAAGAAGAAGAAAAAGAAGGUAAAGCUGGAUGUAGAUAAUGAUGAUGACCAAGAUAAAAAGUCUGACGGAGAUGAAACUGUGGAUGGCCAGGACACAGCAGCUGAGACAGACAAGCCUGAGACAGACGCAGACAGAACCGCCGGUGAGGAACAGACGGCAGCGAGUGAAACUGACUCCGAAAACUCAAAUUCACAAGCCUUUGAAAUAGUAGAAAAGGAAGACGUGGUGGAGCCUGAGAAAGGAAGUUGUGUGGAGGAAAUCAAGACAGAACACUCGGAUGGAGGCUCUGAGGUGGAGGAAGCGUCCAAGUCCUAAGGGAGUAACGUAGCAUGUACUUAUAGAGUUGAUGCCGUCGGGGAAUCUGAUGGCCAGUGUUUUAUAUUGUAACAUAAAAGUAAUCUCAUUACAAGUUCAUAUUGAUUUUUUGAUUUUCAUGGAUAUGUUAAAAUAUUGUGAAUACUUAUUUGAUUAAAUAUUGAUGAAAGAAUGGCCUGACAUAUGAUAUUAGCUUCAUAGAGUAUACUAUUUUGGUUAUAUUUAGUUUUUAAUAAAACUCUUAUUUUUCCAGAGGUGAUACAUGUUUUACACUUUAUAGCUUAGGGAUCUUAACAUGUGAUAUUUUCAGUAAAUAUAAGGUUUUAGGAAUGUGUGCUGGGUAGUAGACCAAUGCAGGGAUUCUUACUUCCCAGCAUUCCCUUUAUAACCUGACUCACCUAGUGUAAGAAGUACCAGUGUGAGAGAAGGUUGUGCCCUGGUCGUGAACUUCAGUAUAUAUAUACUUGUUCCUAGAGUGAAAUAAUGGCAUUGACAUAACAUACAAAUUUCAAAGUAGCAGGGAAUCAGAACUGUAAGGAUUGCACAUCUGUAUUGCUCAGCAAAUGUUUGGGUAAUUGUUUACUAGCUAAGGUUUGGGAUCUCAGUAUUGGGCAUGCAUGUGAAUUCUGUUCCUCAUUCUUUCACCCUGACUGAAUUGCACAAAUAGCAAUCAACAUCGUGUAUCUGAAUUUUACUUGUCAUUGUCCUUGGCAUAAUACAAGUAGUCACAAUAUGAGAUGCCUAUUGGUGAGUUUUCUUAACUGUCAUCCUCUUGUCUCCAAGUGUAUCCAGAGAUUGGGAGGUAGAGGAAACUCGUGUUGCGUAAUUAGCUAUGUCUGAGGCAAAUCAUUACGAAAUGCAUAUUCAGUAACAGGAGUAAGUACUUUAGUAUGAAAGAUGUUUGUAGGAAUUACUGAAUGGAGACACACAGGACCACAGUAUAUGAUGUAAUUUAUUUUCUGACCAACACUGAAGGUAAAUAAACAUUAAGGCUGGGAGCUGCCAGCCACACCGUAUUUUGUAUGUGUCAAGGGGUAUUAUUUUGUAAUUAUUAAAAUGCAAUAUUUUA